CAGCGACCGGUAAAGCGGGGUGCAGAGCCGUUGUAGUCUACUAGAUGGGCGUGGUUCCGGGCUGCAGGGCAUGACUUAAGGAUGCUGGGCUCGGUCGCGGAGCUGUCAAAAGAGACUUUGCAGUGAGCAGUUUUGAUUCCACUACUGAGGGAUGCUGCCUGGGGCUGCUAUCCUGUCUUCCUGAAAGUUAGUAUCAUGACCUUGACUAAAGGCUCAUUCACUUACUCCAGUGGAGAGGAAUACUGUGGAGAAUGGAAGGAAGGACGUCGACAUGGUAUUGGACAAUUGACUUUUGCUGAUGGCAGCAUUUACAUAGGACAUUUUGAAAAUGGUCUCUUCAAUGGAUAUGGAGUACUCAAUUUUGCAGAUGGUUCCAGAUAUGAAGGGGAGUUUGUGCAAGGAAAAUUCAAUGGUGUUGGAGUCUUCACACGCUAUGACAACAUGAUCUUCGAGGGAGAAUUCAAGGGUGGAAGGGUUGAUGGUUUUGGACUUUUGACUUUUCCUGAUGGCUCUCAUGGGAUACCCCGUAAUGAAGGCUUUUUUGAAAACAACAAACUCCUGCGACGGGAAAAGUGCCAGACAGUGGUCCAACGUGCACAGAGUGCCUCCAAGAUGGCACACAGCUUGACAGCAUAAGGGGUAUAUAUUCUACCAUAACACAGGGCUUUCUUAUGACUGGCAGCCUAACCCAGAGGUUGGUAAGAGUGUGGAGUGCAAGAUUCACAGAGGCAAAUACCAUCUCUAGGAUGCAAACUAUUAUAAUUGAACCCUGCUUGCCUUUAUCAUUUCCUUAAGCAGCUUGGCCCCUAUAAUGUGAACUGGUGCCAAAACUCAGCUAUGAAACCUAUGUCUCCUGCCAGUAUCACAUCCAAGAUCAUAGCAAUUCCUUUGUCAGAAGCAUUUUCCAUUAGACAGAUUGCUAAUCCUAUAACCCCACAAUUGAGUUGGGCACAAUGGGUAUCCCAAUUACUGGGGCUCGUUAAUAUACAAUCCAUCUUUCUUGCCACAUACCUAACACAGCUGGAAUGUUAUCGUUAUAUGAUCAGUUGAGUUGGUUUUCAGUGGUCAAAGGAGGAUUAAAGAAUUUGCAUUUAGUUUAAUUUUCUAUCUUCUUAUAUGUCCCUAAAGCUCUAGUUGAUUCCUCACUGCUCAGUCUUCCUUUCUUUAUAAAAAUUAAAUGAAUAAAAUAUAAAUGAAUAAGUAGAAAAAGCAAAAAGAAUUAACAUAUUGAGUGGCAUUAAGAAUUCUAGACUUUCUGAAUGUGACUUUUAACAAUUUUGCAGAUCAGCCUAAGAAGAAUGUCUGAGUUCUGCUACACUUUAUGCUUUAGGCUCCAGAAUAGAUCCAGGAUCUCUUUCCACUCUUUAUUCUAGCCUUGUGUUUUACACAAUUUGCUAAGGCCGUUUUCACUGUGAGCUUCUUGUGUGAGACAGCAUUUCACAAUUAUUCCUUCCUUACAUGAGAUGCAGGUCACUUAACUAAGGGCCCUAGUAGGAAGAGAUUCACUAAGCUCCAGAGAUGUUACAUGGUUUUCAUCUACCAUAGUGCCAUAUAUAUAUAUAUACAGCUGUAUCAUUUUACAAAUGUUAAAAAGGGAGUAUCAUUACUUUUUAAAGCCUUGCCUCUGCUAGUCAUAGGACAAGGCAAAGGUUUGCAAAUUUCUUCCUACUUCAAAACUGGAAGUUCUUUGCACACAAAUACUCCUAGUCUCCACCCACACUUCCCUCUUUUGGCUUCUGAAAUUUUACCACACAUUCCAUUAAUAUUUCAAGCCUGACUUUGCUGCCUUAAUGGCUAGACAUUUGCUUUAAACUAAAAAUGAAUCUCAGGAUGCUGAUCACUAGUCCAAUAUAUUAUCAUAGAAUAAUGGCAUGUAUAGCCCUAUAUGUAUCCAAAAUAAGCAACAGCAUCUUUUAUACAGUGCUGUAAAGCUAAAGGAG